AUGGCGCCCAAAAAGAAGGAGGCCCAGAAGAUGUCUCUGGGUGACUUCCUCAACGAUUCAUCGUUCGGUGGCUCCUGGGCCGAUGAAGUUGAGGAUACCAUUGGCACUCAGCCAUUGCCUCCUCCCGAGCAUCCGCGUCGCGAUAUGGGCAUGGGUGGAUACGGCGGCUACGGAGGAGAUCGAGGAGACCGAGGAUAUGCUCGCGAUAGUGCCCCUCAGCAGCUCCCCACCCGGCCCCCUUACACUGCUCAUCUUGGCAACCUCCCAUACGAUGCGACUAUGGAUGCCGUUACCGACUUCUUCACCGGAUGCGGUGUCGUUAGCGUUAGAAUCAUCGAGGACCGAGAGCUCCAGCGCCCCAAAGGUUUCGCUUAUGUUGAAUUCCGCGAUUUGGACGGUUUGAAGAAGGCUCUUGAGCUCGAUGGACAGUCUUUCAAUGGACGAUAUAUCAAGGUUAAGGUUGCCGAGCCUCCCCGAGACCGCGACCGUGGUGGCGAUUCGACCCGCGACUUGAGCGACUGGACCAGGAAGGGCCCUCUUGCGGAUCUUCCCUCUCGAGGAGGCGAUAGGCGUGACUUUGGCGAGCGCCGCCAGGCCGAUUUCGGCGAGCGACGCGCUCCUCGGGAGCACGUAGAUGACGGAAGGGUCCGAGACUUCGGAAACUGGGAGCGCAAAGGACCUUUGUCACCCCUGCCUCAACCUGAGGCGCCUCCCAUGUCUCGCGAGGGCAGCCGAGCAAGGGGCAAUGUAGAGUCGAUGCGUCAUCGUCAUCAGUCCCCUUCUUGGGGUGAAGGCCGACAGGAGGGAUCUCGCCCUCCUCACCGAGAAUUCCGUGAGAAGGCUGAACGGGUCCCCAGCGCUGCGGAACGUGAUAUGCAAUGGCGCAGCAGCAUGCGUCCUGACCGCCAAACUUCGUCUCCUUCACAAUCCCGAGAUGGCAGCGAGGCGCCAGUCUCUCCCGCCCAAGCACCGGCCGCUCUUGCUACAAGACCCAGACUGAAUCUAGCGAAGCGAACGAUUUCCGAUGCACCCGACGCCGCGUCUCCUGCUUCUGCCGGUGGCGAUUCGAAGGCGAGUCCUUUCGGUGCCGCCCGACCCAUCGAUACCUCUGCUCGCGAGCGCGAGAUUGAGGAGAAGAGGCAGCAGGCGAUUAAGGAGAAACGAGAGGCUGACGAGAAGGCCAAGGAAGAGCGCCGCCUCGCAAAGGAGGCCGCCGCGAAGGAGGCUGCUGCCAAGGCCGAGGCCGAAGCCGAGGCUGCUAAGGCUGCUGCUGAGGCUGCUGCCUCUGCGCCGACGGAGGAGGCGAAGCCUGAGGCAACUCCCCAGGCUGCCGAAGAGGAGGAGACCACCCAGGGAGUUAAAUCCGACGAUCAAGGACAGAAGCCGGUCCACAAUGGCGCCUCCAAGGAGCAAAGGAUCCCAGGUCGCCCUAGGGAGCCUCGUGAGCCUCGCGAACCCCGCGAGCCAAGGGACGGCCGCCCUGAGUUUAAGUCUAGGGCUUCGGAGAGCGGCAACUGGCGUCAGCCUUCCGGUGAGCAUAGAGCUCCCCGAGGUGCUCCCAGCGGCCCCCGCCGCGGCGGUGGUGGCCGUGGGGGACGACAUGACGGUGCCCGUGGUCCACGCGCGAACGGCGCAGGUGGUCAACAGCCUCCCGCGACCCCCGUGACUGCUGAACCGGCUGCCCCUACGCAGGAUGAGGAUGGCUGGACUACCGUGACCGUUCCUCGAAGCGGUCGCCGUGGAAGGGCUUAG